AUGUUUUACCAGAGCACUGAACUGUACGUAGCAGCUAAGCAGGGUAACACAGAUGUUGUAAAAGAGCUGUUAACACACCCUGAUAUUGAUGUUAAUAAGGGGGGUGAGUCAGGUACACCACUGUACAUAGCAGCUAAGCAGGGUAACACAGAUGUUGUAAAAGAGCUGUUAACACACCCUGAUAUUGAUGUUAAUAAGGGGGGUGAGUUAGGUACACCACUGUACAUAGCAGCUAAGCAGGGUAACACAGAUGUUGUAAAAGAGCUGUUAACACACCCUGAUAUUGAUGUUAAUAAGGGUGGUGAGUUAGGUACACCACUGUACAUAGCAGCUAAGCAGGGUAACACAGAUGUUGUAAAAGAGCUGUUAACACACCCUGAUAUUGAUGUUAAUAAGGGGGGUGAGUCAGGUACACCACUGUACAUAGCAGCUAAGCAGGGUAACACAGAUGUUGUAAGAGAGCUGUUAACACACAGUGAUAUUGAUGUUAAUGAGGGGGAUGAGUCAGGUACACCACUGUACAGAGCAGCUGAUUGGGGUCGCACAGAGGUUGUAAAAGAGCUGUUAACACACCGUGAUAUUGAUGUUAAUAAGGGGGAUGAGUCAAGUACACCACUGUACAGAGCAGCUAAGUGGGGUUGCACAGAGGUUGUAAAAGAGCUGUUAACACACAGUAAUAUUGAUGUUAACAAGGGUGGUGAGUUAGGUACAGCACUGUACGGAGCAGCUGAGAAGGGUCACACAGAUGUUGUAAAAGAGCUGUUAACACACCGUAAUAUUGAUGUUAAUAAGGGUGGUGAGUUAGGUACACCACUGUACAUAGCAGCUCUGCUGGGUCACACAGACGUUGUAAAAGAGCUGUUAACACACCGUGAUAUUGAUGUUAACGAGGAGGGUGAGUGGGGUACACCACUGUGUAUAGCAGCUGAGAAGGGUCGCACAGAUGUUGUAAAAGAGCUGUUAACACACCGUGAUAUUGAUGUUAAUAAGGAGGGUGAGUUAGGUACACCACUGUACAUAGCAGCUGAUCAGGGUCACACAGUAAUUGUAAAAGAGCUGUUAACACACCGUGAUAUUGAUGUUAAUAAGGGGGAUGAGUUAGGUACACCACUGUACAGAGCAGCUAAGUGGGGUUGCACAGAGGUUGUAAAAGAGCUGUUAACACACAGUAAUAUUGAUGUUAACAAGGGUGGUGAGUUAGGUACAGCACUGUACGGAGCAGCUGAGAAGGGUCACACAGAUGUUGUAAAAGAGCUGUUAACACACCGUAAUAUUGAUGUUAAUAAGGGGGAUGAGUCAAGUACACCACUGUACAUAGCAGCUAAGCAGGGUAACACAGAUGUUGUAAAAGAGCUGUUAACACACCGUGAUAUUGAUGUUAACGAGGAGGGUGAGUUAGGUACACCACUGUACAUAGCAGCUGCUAGGCGUAACAAAGACGUUGUAAAACAGCUGUUAACACACCGUGAUAUUGAUGUUAAUAAGGGUGGUGAGUUAGGUACACCACUGUACAUAACAGCUAGAGAGGGUCACGCAGAAGUUGUGGAAGAGCUGUUAACACACCGUGAUAUUGAUGUUAAUAAGGAGGAUGCGUCAGGUACACCACUGUCCAUAGCAGCUGAGAAGGGUCACACAGAGGUUGUAAAAGAGCUGUUAACACACCGUGAUAUUGCUGUUAACGAGGAGGGUGAGUUAGGUACACCACUGUACAUAGCAGCUGCUAGGCGUAACAAAGACGUUGUAAAACAGCUGUUAACACACCGUGAUAUUGAUGUUAAUAAGGGUGGUGAGUUAGGUACACCACUGUACAUAACAGCUAGAGAGGGUCACGCAGAAGUUGUGAAAGAGCUGUUAACACACCGUGAUAUUGAUGUUAAUAAGGAGGAUGCGUCAGGUACACCACUGUCCAUAGCAGCUGAGAAGGGUCACACAGAGGUUGUAAAAGAGCUGUUAACACACCGUGAUAUUGAUGUUAAUAAGGGUGGUGAGUUAGGUACACCACUGUACAUAACAGCUAGAGAGGGUCACACAGAGGUUGUAAAAGAGCUGUUAACACACAGUGAUAUUGAUGUUAAUAAGGAGGAUGCGUCAGGUACACCACUGUACAUAGCAGCUGAUCGGGGUCACACAGAGGUUGUAAAAGAGCUGUUAACACACAGUAAUAUUGCUGUUAACAAGGUGGGUAAAUAUGGUACACCACUGUACAGAGCAGCUGUAAAGUAUCACACAGAGGUUGUAAAAGAGCUGUUAACACACAAUAAAAUUGAUGUUAACGAGGAGGGUAAGUGGGGUACACCACUGUGUGUAGCAGCUGAGAAGGGUAACGCAGAUGUUGUAAAAGAGCUGUUAACACACAGUAAUAUUGAUGUUAAAUUGGAGAAUAAGGAAGGUGACACUCCCCUCCUGAAAGCUGCUAGGAUGGGUUAUUUGGACAUUGUGAAACAAAUGUGCCAAGUCGAUGGCGUGGAUAAGAACCACGUUAAUAAUUUAGGUUAUACCCCCUUUCUCGCUGCUGCUGAGCAAGGUCAUGCUUAUAUAGUUAAAUACCUUCACCAAUUAGGCUGUGUCAAUAUGGAGCAAGUGGAUAACAACCUGGCAAUAUAUGUGUUCUGUAAAAGCUCCGUAUUCAAAACACUUGUUGAAAUCUUCAUAAAUCCAGACGUUCAUGACACACAGUUAUCAAGUUUAUUGAAUGUAUUGUACGUAAGUUUGCAGGCUAACAUCAAAUGUGACUGUGGUGAGGUCGAGUCUCCAGAUCCCAUCUAUGUAAGCCUUCCAAAUGAGGUCGAGUCUCCAGACAGUCCAAAGAAAUCCAAAGAAGCAAAGAAGUCUAAAGAAGCGAUCGAAAAAGACGCUUUUAAAAAGUUUCUUCGAGAAACAUUGGGAGGGGCUGUUUUCGAAAGAUUUUCCGCCAAAAUAGAUAGAAUUUCAGAUGAAGGAUAUGAAGGAGACAUUGAUGCAAAACUUGUAGCAAAAAGUAUUGCUAAAACCUAUUCGAAGAAGAACGAUCAAGGAUGCUGCGCUCCCAUAGAAAAUGUUAAAGAGGACAUCGAAAAGUGUCUGUUUUCUGCAUGCAUAAGCAAGUUUUCGCACAAGUGUAGAGUUCGAGGAAGCUUUGACUAUUUUACUUGCUUAUUUGCAAUAUUUAUUUAUAUCUCCGACAUUGCUUCUGAUGUUUAUGUAGGCUUCAAAACGCUAAAAGGUUUUUCUUCCAGAUUAGGGAUACUAAUGCUAGUCCUUGUUUUUGUGACGUUGUUCCACGAGAAUAUCCGCUCAUCAAUUUCAACAUUUGCUACUGGGAUAGAGCAACUCCGAACAAAUCUUGGAAAAUUCACAUUAACAACAGAAGAUUGGAAAGGUUCUGAACUAAACUAUGAAUGGUCGUGGCCAUUUAAAUAUCUAGGACGAUUCUUUUGGCCGUUCAAAGUAAAAGGACGUACAUCAAUAUUAACAUCUGUUAGAGCCGCAUUUCUCAACGUACUCUCGAUAUUUUGGCUCCGUCCAGUUGUUGAUCGUCUGCAAUUUCUCACGCACUCACCUUCUAAAUUACGAGUCAUCUAUAGGCAGCAGGCCAAAGACAAAUCUCUUGCCCAAUACUAUAUGAUAACGGAACAGAUUCCUGAGCUUCUUAUCCAGUUUUACAUUUUUCAGAUCUACUUCAACAUUUUGAUGAAAGAUGGGGAUAUCACAAGCUCUGGAUGUACGGACUAUCAUAGUUUCGAUUACGAUUCAAGGGAUUUUGAGUGUGUCGAAAACCUACUGAGAUUAAAGAUAUGCGCGUCAUGGGUGGAAGUAUAUUCAAUGAUAGUGCCGUUUGUGAAGAUUCCCAACAGCGUGAUCGGUUUGGAAGUGAUACUCCAUCCAGCAACACCAAAGAUGUCUACUGUUGCUCUCGUGCUAUUGUAUAUAGCUUACGUUCUGAUGAUUCCUGCUAGACUCUUCCUAUUUGCAGCAGUAAUGCACUCAGUCCCCAAUCACUUCUAUUUUGUUGGAUAUCUUGGAUUGUCAACUUUAGUUUGGUUUGUUGUUAAUAAGAUCACGAUAAGUAGAGCAAGCAAGCCUGAGAAAAGACCAAGUUCAAAGGAUAAAGAAGAAGAUCUUACGAUACUACGACGUAUUGGUGAUAUGUGGUCUCUCCUGCUAUUCAGUUUUAGAGAUGUUAUUGUCAUUUCGCUACGUCGACCGAAUGCAUAUCUUAUUUCCCCCUCAGAAGUAGGCUACAAAACUUUAAGGAACCAGGAAUAG